GUUUUGUUUGGUUUGGUUUGGCUUUUGUUUUUCUUUCUUUUCAUUUCGUCUAUUUGUUGUGGCCGCCACGGUUUUUAUAUGCGCCUCCAUCUUCAUCUUCAUCUUCAUCUUCAUCUUCUUCGUCCUCGAUACCUAGGGUUUGCUCUAGGGUUUUCACAGUCUCUCUUCUGCGUUUUCCGAGCUGGAUUCUCUAUCUUUCCUCAGACGAAUCUCCAUGCGCCGCUGGUUCAGCGGCUUUGUUGAUUAGUCUCCCUUUCUUUCUAUCUCUCUAUCGAUUUCGAUCUUUGCGAUUCGAUUUGAACCGGAAAAACCUAGGGUUUUUUGUGUGAACUUUUUUUUUUCUUCUGUAUUUGGUUUCGUUUCUGGUGGAGUAUGGUUUUCCAAUUAGGGCAAUUGAUUGGGUUAGGGCGUUGAGGGAGGGGAGGGGAGUGGGGGAGUGGUUUUUGAAUGGCAUUGGGGGAUUUGAUGGCGUCUAGGUAUUCGCAAUCUCCGGUGGUGAGUGCGGUGGUUUCGAACCAUUUCGAUGACUGUGGCUCGAGUCACGAGGAUGGUGAUUUAGCUUCUUCUUCGCAGAGAAGGGAUUCGGAGACUGCUAGUAGUAGUACUCAUGGCAAUGCCUCGGGUUCUACGGCGACUAGUAUGGCUUAUCUGCCUCAGAAUAUGGUGUUGUGUGAGCUUAGACACGAGGCCUUCGAGGCUUGCGUGCCUACUGGCCCGUCUGAUAACGGAUUGGUCUCGAAAUGGCGGCCUAAGGACCGUAUGAAGACGGGAUGUGUCGCUCUAGUUUUAUGUUUAAACAUUAGUGUUGAUCCACCUGAUGUAAUUAAGAUUUCUCCUUGUGCCAGAAUGGAGUGCUGGAUAGAUCCUUUUUCAAUGGCACCUCAAAAAGCACUUGAAACAAUUGGAAAAACCUUGAGUAGUCAGUAUGAAAGGUGGCAACCAAGGGCUCGCUAUAAAUGUCAACUUGAUCCUACAGUGGAGGAAGUGAAGAAACUUUGUAAUACUUGUCGCAGACAAGCCAAGUCUGAGAGAGUUCUGUUUCAUUAUAAUGGACAUGGUGUGCCAAAACCAACUGCUAAUGGUGAAAUUUGGCUCUUUAAUAGGAGUUAUACACAAUAUAUACCCUUGCAAAUCAGUGACCUUGAUUCCUGGUUGAAGACACCAUCAAUAUAUGUUUUUGAUUGUUCUGCUGCUGGGAUGAUUGUCAAUGCAUUCAAUGAGCUUAAUGAUUGGGGUGCUUCUGGAUCCUCAAGGGAUUGCAUUCUACUUGCGGCUUGUGAAGCACAUGAAACUCUUCCUCAGAGUUCUGAAUUUCCUGCUGAUGUGUUUACUUCUUGCCUCACAACUCCAAUAAAGAUGGCAUUAAGAUGGUUCUGCAGACGUUCCUUGCUGCGUGAGUCUGUUGAUUAUUCAAUUAUAGAUAAAAUUCCAGGCCGCCCGAAUGACCGAAAAACACUUUUGGGUGAAUUGAACUGGAUUUUUACAGCUGUGACUGACACAAUUGCCUGGAAUGUUCUUCCUCAUGAUCUUUUUCAGAGACUGUUCCGACAAGAUUUGCUAGUUGCCAGCUUAUUUCGAAAUUUUUUACUUGCUGAGCGAAUCAUGCGUUCUGCUAAUUGUUCCCCCAUUUCUCACCCAAUGUUGCCGCCAACCCAUCAGCAUCAUAUGUGGGAUGCAUGGGACAUGGCUGCUGAGAUCUGCCUUGCUCAGCUUCCAACACUGAUUGAUGACCCUAUGGCCGAGUUCCAGCCUAGUCCAUUUUUCACUGAACAAUUGACGGCUUUUGAGGUAUGGCUUGACCAUGGAUCCGAGCAUAAGAAACCGCCAGAGCAGUUGCCUAUUGUUCUUCAGGUUUUGCUUAGUCAAUGCCAUCGAUUUCGGGCACUGGUUCUUCUUGGAAGAUUCCUUGAUAUGGGACCCUGGGCUGUAGAUCUGGCCUUGUCUGUCGGAAUAUUUCCAUAUGUCCUGAAGUUGUUGCAAACAACAACACCUGAGCUACGACAAAUUCUUGUAUUUAUAUGGACGAAGAUUCUAGCACUUGAUAAGUCAUGUCAGGUUGAUCUAGUAAAGGAUGGGGGUCAUACAUAUUUCAUUAGAUUUCUUGAUAGCAUGGACGCAUAUCCUGAGCAGCGUGCAAUGGCUGCAUUUGUUUUGGCUGUAAUUGUGGAUGGGCACAGAAGGGGCCAGGAAGCCUGUAUGGAAGCCGGUUUGAUUCAUGUCUGCUUGAAGCACCUUCAGGGUUCAACUCCAAAUGAUGCGCAAACUGAACCCUUAUUUCUUCAGUGGCUUUGCCUCUGUAUGGGAAAGCUGUGGGAGGACUUCCCAGAGGCCCAAAUAAUGGGUUUGCAGGCAAAUGCCCCUGCUAUAUAUGCUUCUCUACUGUCUGCACCCCAACCAGAGGUUAGGGCUUCUGCUGUAUUUGCACUUGGUACCUUGCUUGUUAUGGGGGGUGACUCGUGUAGAGAUGGUGUUGGUGGAGAUGAAGAUUGUGAUGAUGAUGAAAAGAUUAGGGCUGAGAUUAGUAUUGUUCAAAGCCUUUUAAGUGUUGUUUCAGAUGGAAGCCCGCUUGUCAGGGCUGAGGUUGCUGUGGCUCUGGCACGCUUCGCCUUUGGCCACAAUAAGCAUCUCAAGUCAAUUGCUUCUGCAUAUUGGAAACCUCAGUCUAAUUCUCUGCUGAAUUCCUUACCUUCUUUGGCUCAUAUAAAAAGUGCAGGCAGUAAUUAUAGUAACUCAAACCAGUACAUGCCACAUGGAAGUAUCGUUUCAUCCCAAAUUGGUUCUCUGGUGAGAAUUGGCAAUGACAGUCCAUCACUUGUUCGAGAUGGAAGAGUCUCCACCAGCAGCCCUCUUGCUAACGCUGGAAUUAUGCAUGGUUCUCCUCUGUCUGAUGAUUCAUCUCAACAUUCUGAUUCUGGAGUAUUGAACGAUGGUGUCAGCAACGGGGUUGUUAACCAUUCAAGGUCAAAGCCACUGGACAACGCCAUGUAUUCACAAUGUGUUUUAGCUAUGUGUACAUUAGCCAAGGAUCCAUCUCCACGCAUAGCUAGUCUUGGCCGGCGGGUACUGUCCAUUAUAGGGAUUGAACAAGUGGUGACAAAACCUUUGAAGCCAACUAGUGGCAAUGCUCGGCCUGCUGAUCCCACAACAGCACCUCCCACUCCUAGUUUUGCUGGACUAGCUCGUUCAUCUUCAUGGUUUGACAUGAAUGGAGGUCAUUUGCCUUUAACCACCUUCCGAACUCCUCCAGUCAGCCCUCCGCGACCUAGUUACUUAACUGGAAUGCGAAGAGUUUGUUCCUUAGAGUUCAGGCCUCAUUUGAUAAAUUCCCCAGACUCAGGAUUAGCUGACCCUCUUUUAGGUUCUGGGGGCCCCUCUGGGGCUUCAGAACGCAGUUUGCUUCCACAAUCAACAAUCUACAAUUGGAGUUGUGGCCACUUCUCCAAGCCACUUCUUACUGCAUCAGACGAUAGUGACGAAAUACAAGCUCGAAGAGAAGAGAGGGAAAAGCUUACGUUGGACCACAUAGGAAAAUGCCAGCGUUCAUCUGUUAGCAAGUUUAGUAGUCCAAUUGCUAGCUUGGAUACGAAGUUUGAGACUGGUACCAAAUCAAUACUGCUGCAACCUUUCUCUCCUAUUGUUAUUGCUGCAGAUGACAAUGAACGGAUCAGGAUAUGGAACUAUGAGGAAACCACAACUACCCUGCUCAACAGUUUUGAUAAUCAUGAUUUUCCUGAAAAAGGAAUUGCUAAGCUCUGCCUUGUAAAUGAGCUUGAUGACAGCUUGCUUCUUGCUGCUUCAUGUGAUGGAAAUAUUCGAAUUUGGAAAGAUUAUAAUGUGAGGAAUAAACAAAAGCUUGUAACUGCAUUCUCUUCAAUUCAAGGUCAUAAACCUGGUGUGCGAAGUUUGAAUGCUGUUGUGGAUUGGCAACAGCUGUCUGGAUAUCUGUAUGCUUCUGGUGAGAUAUCCUCCAUUAUGCUUUGGGAUCUGGAAAAAGAACAGCUUGUUAAUUCCAUUCCUUCAUCAUCGGAUUGCAGCAUCUCAGCUUUGGCUGCUUCUCAUGUUCACCGCGAUCAAUUUGCAGCUGGUUUUGUGGAUGGUUCUGUAAGACUCUAUGAUGUUCGGACGCCCGAUAUGCUUGUCUGUACAACACGGCCACAUACAUACAAAGUUGUGGGGAUUGGAUUUCAACCUGGACUAGAUCCAGCAAAGAUGAUCAGUGCAGCUCAGGCAGGCGACAUUCAGUUUCUUGAUACCAGAAGUCACAGGGAUGCCUACCUCACAAUUAAUGCUCACAGGGGCUCCCUCACAGCUUUAGCAGUUCAUAGACAUGCCCCAGUUAUUGCCAGUGGUUCAGCCAAACAGCUUAUCAAAGUCUUUAGUCUGGAGGGAGAACAACUAGGCACCAUUCGAUACUACCCUUCGUUCAUGGCUCAGAAGAUUGGUUCUGUAAGCUGCCUCACCUUCCAUCCCUACCAAAUAUUUCUUGCUGCUGGUGCUGCAGAUGCAUAUGUCUCUAUCUACGCUGAUGAGAACGGUCAGGCAAGAUGAAUGCACACUAUUUCCUGAUUUCUUUUUGAUAUAGUGUUCUGAUCAGAGACAUACAAGUACAUGAGACUUCCAUUGGAGUCACUGAUGCAUUUGGAUCAUGACAUGCAACACAUUCUGCUGCCCUAAUUCAUCUUCGGUGUCGAUGUAUCUUGAAAUACUGGUAGGGCGCUUUCGACUGAUGGUGUACGCUAGACAUUCAUUAGCCCCCGGUGUAGAGGGUCACAACUGUUGGGAAGAAAAUGCUGCAAAUUUAUUGGGGGCUUUGACAAAUAAUUUGUUAAAUAGGUAAAUGCGUGUAAAUAUUUUCUUUUCCUUACAUAUAUAUAAUAUAUAUUUCCUCUUUUUGGUGUGUUCUUUUUUUUCUUCUGUCCUCGAAAAUUUGUAAAUGCAGCACACUCUUUUCUUUUUCAUAAUUCAAGUGUUGCAGCUAGAUAAUGCUGUGGGUAGUUGACUCCUGAAAAUGCGGGGGCUUCUACUCACACAUUUGUCCUUAAAUUUGUAUGAUGAUCACUUGCUUAUUUUAUUAACGAUCAUUUAACUUGUAAUUAAUUUAUUGAGUUAUUUGAGCUUGUGUCCA